UUCCACUUUUGCUCAGGAGAUAAAACAAAAAAUAAAAUGGGACUUUCCAAUGAUGCUAAAGACCGUUUAGAGUUUAUUUUCAACAUUAUCAAAACAACUUUCCACUAUGGUUUUAUGCCAUUUGUGCUUUAUCUCGGUUUUCGGAAAGGUCCAGAACCAGGAAUGCCACCACUAACUUUACUGAGCUUGCUAUGGCAAUAGAUUAUACUCUUGUUUUAAACUAAUUUAUUGUCUAUUAUUGUUAAUCAUAAUUUCGUUACUUAAAGGCUUCUCGUGAACUUUAAAUACAGUUUUUAUUUUAUAUAUAUUUUUAAACACAAAUUAUAUAUAUAAUAU